AGAAAUCCGAAAUGACGCAAGCUUUGCAUCAGCCGCGCACGCGAAACUUAUAUACACACAAGACUCGGUGUGCGCUGCGCGCGAGGCGAGCUUCAGUCGCGCGAGGGAAGCCUGCUGCUCGCUAAGCGAUGGCAAACGGCACAUUCGCACUCCGUCCGUCGAUCGCUCCACAUCGCAAGAAGCUGGUGCACCAUCGUCGACCAGUAUAUAGUACCUAAGGCACAUUAGACAGUCAAGCCGGAUUUUUUAAUUAAACAAGAAAUCCAUCAUCAGUAUUAUCAAUCAACCCUCGUGUUAAGGCAUUUUUCUACAUUUUACAAAUAUGAUAAGUAAACAGGAAAAAGAAAUGUGGGUCUUCGGCUACGGAUCUUUGAUCUGGAAGGCUGACUUUCCUUAUGAAAAAAGAGUCGUUGGACAUAUUAAAGGAUUCAUAAGAAGAUUUUACCAAAAAAGCACUGAUCACAGAGGAGUGCCAAGUCGUCCCGGAAGAGUUGUCACUCUUCUCUCUUCUAAUAAUCCUUUAGAUGAAGUAUGGGGAUGCGCUUACAAAAUUGCAAAUGAAGAUAUAGAAAGUGUCACCAAACAUUUAGACUACAGAGAAAACAUGUAUGAACGAGUAGAUGUGCUAUUUCAUCCAUUCAGCAAUUCACAAGCAGAGGCCACACCAUUUCACCUCAACAUUUAUAUAGCUCGUGAAGUCAAUCCAAACUUUGCUGGUUAUGAAGAUAUCGAUACUAUUGCAAGUCACAUAGCGGAAUGCGUUGGAGCAAGUGGACAUAACACUGAGUAUUUAUAUAACUUAGCUCACUCAAUGAGGGCUAUUGCUCCAAAAGUCUAUGAUGCACAUUUAUUUGAUUUAGAAAAUGCAGUUAAACGUAUUGAAAUGGUGAAAAGUAAAAAGGCUUUAGAAAUCGAUCGGCGUAAUCAUAAUAUAGCUAUUAAGUAAAUUUUUUGACUAUAGUAUUACACUAUUUGGAUUUUUUUAAAUCGUAAAUUUUUAUGAAAAAUUACUAGGCUAAAAACUAAUUUUUUUAAAAGGUACUGAAAGUCAGCGCCACAAUGUGCUUUGGUGAUUAAAGCUACAUACCACUAGUUAAAUUAUUGAAUCUAACCGAAUAUGAUUAUUGCUGUUUUGAAUUCCAUAUUUAUAAUUUAUUAAAUUUAUGAACGUUUAAAGGAAUGUGAAACAAGUCAUAAAUCAUUUAAUGUAAAUAAUUGUUCUGACGAAUGUAAAAUUUUACUGUUAUUGUGUGAAAUAUCUCAAUUCUUUCUGGUGUUAAAUUAAUUUUCAAAAAAUUUCUUCUCAUCAGAAAUAUGUGAUAUCAUUUCAAAAAAAUAAAUUCUU